CUCUUAAUAUUUCUGGGAAGCGUUUACAAGUUUAAUUUUUCUGAGUUCAAUUUAAUCAAGAACUAUAUAAUUAAAACAGUUUUUGAAGCAUUGAAUGAAAUAAUAAACAAUGGCCGAAUAUCUUGCUUCUAUUUUCGGUACAGAAAAAGACAAAGUAAAUUGCUCCUUCUACUUCAAAAUCGGAGCAUGUCGACAUGGCGAUCGCUGUUCACGUAUUCACAACAAACCUACUUUCUCACAAACUUGUCUUCUUCAGAAUCUUUAUGUUAAUCCACAAAAUUCGGCGAAGUCUGCUGAUGGUUCACAUUUGGUAGCAAAUGUGUCUGAUGAAGAAAUGCAAGAACAUUACGAUAACUUCUUUGAAGAUGUUUUCGUUGAACUGGAAGACAAAUAUGGUGAAAUUGAAGAAAUGAAUGUUUGUGACAACCUCGGAGAUCAUUUGGUUGGCAAUGUUUAUAUAAAGUUUCGUCGUGAAGAAGACGCUGAACGUGCUGCCAAAGAACUGAACAAUCGAUGGUUUGGUGGGCGUCCAGUGUAUGCGGAACUUUCUCCUGUUACAGAUUUUCGUGAAGCUUGUUGUCGCCAAUAUGAAAUGGGAGAAUGCACACGUUCCGGAUUCUGUAAUUUCAUGCAUUUAAAGCCAAUUUCACGAGAAUUACGACGUUACUUAUAUUCAAGACAAAGAGGUCGUUCUCCAUCUCGUUCAAGAUCUCGUGGACGUCGCUCUAGAUCACCGAAUAAACGAAGUGGUGGAGGCGGCGGUGGCGGUGGAGGAGGUGGUG